AACUAUACCACCAGUGGACCACGCAUCACAGGCUGUAGACGGACUUUCCCAUACCCGGGCACUGCCGCACGAGAUCCCCCGCGCAACCCGGCGCCAUGAUGGAUCUCUCCACCUCCGUCGCGCCGGGCCCUGGCCCCGUCCCCGCCGCCUCUCCGGCCGUCCCUAGCGGCGACAGUGGGGGCCCCGCCGCCGCCAUAUCGGCGGCGGUCGCCACGGCGUCCCGGCGGUUCCAGCACCUACUGGACCGCUCGACGCCGCACGUCGGGCGGCGGUGGAUGGGCCUCGCCGGGGUGGCGGCCGCGUACGCGCUGCGCGUGUGGCUCGCCGGCGGCUACUACAUCGUCACCUACGCCCUCGGCAUCUACCUCCUCAACCUCCUCAUCGCCUUCCUGUCCCCGCAGGUCGACCCCGAGGUCGCUGAGGUUCUCGGCGAUGGGCCGGCGCUCCCCACCCGCGCCUCCGACGAGUUUCGCCCAUUCGUCCGCCGCCUCCCCGAGUUCAAGUUCUGGUAUUCUAUUGUUAAAGCAUUCUGCAUUGCCUUUGUCAUGACGUUCUUCAGUGUGUUUGAUGUGCCCGUGUUUUGGCCUAUCCUUCUCUUCUACUGGGUGGUAUUGUUUACAGUCACAAUGAAGCGUCAAAUUCUUCAUAUGAUAAAAUAUAGAUAUGUCCCAUUCUCCUUUGGGAAACAGCGUUAUAAUGGGAAGAGAGUAGCUUCUGCAGAUGAUCUCACUCUUCCCAAGGAUUAGGUACUUCGGACUGCGAGAUGCUUUUGUUAGUUAUGUAGCAAUUGGAAAUGGCUUAUAGUGGCUGCGGGGGCAGCUUCUCUGUAGGCUCUGAAUAUUGCAAUGUUAACACCAAGCAUUAGAACCUCAUGGAAGGCAUGGUUACUUUGCAAUGCUGAGAAAAUAGGCCAUUAUUUGAUGGCCAACCCUUGCCCUCUAUUUCCCCUGAUGUUUCCAUGUGUUAGGGUAAAAUGACUGUACACAAUUGUUGCUCCAUAUCGUACUGUAUUAUAUGUGACUAAGAAGAUGAACCAGACUAUUGUAUACAUUUAUUAAGUGCUUUGUUCUACAAUCA